AUGGAGCCGCGGACGCGAGCGUUUUCGCGGAACUCCGGAUACCCUCAAGGGAAGCUUCUACGCCAACCCCAUCCUCGAUCACCCCGCGGGAGACCAACAACACCUCAUCCGCGAAUUUCCGUACGAAACCCUCCUCAUCUCCCCUCGCUUCCCCUCAACAUACACCUCUCUGACCUCACUUCCCCCUCGAUCCCUCGCAGCCACUACAUGACCCCGAACAUCUGGCCGCCGCACCCCUCAUGUGCCGCCCUCGAGCCCGCCUUCAAGGCCAUCGGCCGUCUCGUCAACGACGUCGCUCUUCUCCUCGCCUCCCACUGUGAUGCCCUAGUCACCCGCAGACUUGGCCCGACACACCCCUUCACGAGUCUCCACGCCACGCUAUGCGCCUCCAUGUCCGCGAAAGCUCGCCUGCUCAACUACUACCCCUCUCCCCAUCCCGCUCCGGGCACGCUAUGGUGUGGAUACCACAACGACCACUCCAUACUAACAGCCCUGCUUGCACAGCAGUUUUAUCACGCCGACACUCGCGUCCCGCUACCAGCCGCACCAGACAGGUGCGCGGGGUUGUACACUCAUUCCGAGGGGAGCGAUCCGCGUAAAGCUGACAUCCCGCCCGGUGCCAUUGCGUUCCAGGUUGGCGAGGCUGCGCAAAUCAUGUCAGGCGGCGUGCUCCGCGCUACGCCGCAUGCAGUCCGUAUGCCGAAGGGCCACACUCCGCAUCUUGCCCGUCUUGCGUUUGCCGUGUUUUUGCAGCCUAAUCCCUGGGAUAUGCUCGAGAUGCCCGCCGCCUAUUCAGACGAUCAGGUGCGACGCGCAGUUUGUACCAGUCCGUUGGUGCCAUCCCUGCAGGACGGACGGUGGCAGAAAGGAGACCGCUUUGUCGACUUUGCGGCGAAGACGAUAAAGGCUUAUCAGGCAUGAAAGGCCAAUUUGCAGCUGGUCAGCGCUGCAAGGUCGUCUUGCCGAACCUACUGCUUCAGCAUUGCGA